UCCACCCCCGGGGUCCACGUGGUGGCCGAGUUCCGCGCGGGUCCCGCGUGGGCUCCUCCAGAGGUGGAAUGGAGGGCGCCCCGGGCUGCGGUGCCACUCGGUUCUCCUGCCCUCCGCACUUCACGGCGACGUCUCCAGACUCGGAUCCCCCUCGUUUCUCCUUGGAGGCGCUCACAGGUCCCGAUACAGAACUGUGGCUUAUCCGAGCCCCUGCAGACUUCGCCCCUCAGUGCCUCAAUGGGCGGCGUGUGCCUCUCUCUGGCUCCAAGACUGUCAAGGGCAAACUGGACGGCAAGAAGCACCGAUACCGGGUCUUUCCCAGCAGUCCCCAGGCCGGAGAAGCCACCUUGCUCGCAUCUUCAAUGGAGGCAGGUGGCAGACUCACCUGCGCCCCGGCGCCCCACGGGAGCUUAAGGAUCAUGGAGGGUCCUCAAGAAUACGUUAUCUCUCGGGUUCCCCUGCGGCCCAUCCCCACGAGUCUGCCCCCUCAGAUCCCUGCUGGCCUGCGGCCUCGCUUCUCGGCCUUUGGAGGCAGCCCUCCAGUCACGGGGCCGGGGUCAGCCUCGGGUCUGAGGUCACCCUCUUCAGGGAAGAGGAAAAAGAGGAGGAAGGAUGCGGAGGCCGCAGACACUCAGGAGGCUGUGAACGGGCACGGGGCCAUGGACGUGGAGGCAGCCUCGGGUAACCUAGGAAUGGAUGUGAAGAAGAAGAAGAAGAGGCAUCCUGUGGGGGAUGGGGAGAUGGAGGCUGCAGCAAUGGAGCCGGCGGCAGAACUGCCAGUCCCACCCGCCAUCAGCAGCUGGAAGAAGUCCAAGGAGGCCGAGCCACUGCAGGUGGAAGAGGAAGAGCAUUUGGGGCGCGCAGAGCCCACGGCUCAGGCAGAGCCUCCUGAGGAGACCUUCCCGGCCUCUACCAGGAAGAGAAAAAGGCAGAGGGAGGCUGAAGGGACAGAGAGGGUGGGCAGCGCCGCGGCUGGCACUCAGCCACAAGUCGCUGUGCAGCCCCACGAGGAAGCCGUCCUGUUGUCCCCUACCAAGAAGAGGAGAAAAGCAAAGAAUUCAGCAAUGGAGGCAGAGGCGGAGCUCCCAGGAGCGGAGACCCAACCGUCAGAACACGCGCUUCAGGCUGAGGUGGCUCCUCUGUCCCCCAAGAAGACGAAGAAGAGAAAGGGAAAGCGGGUGGACGAGGCACUUGCCUUGGCCACAGAGGUGACAGAGGCUGCAAAAGCAACCGAGCCCAGGCCUGAGGUGACCGACCCACAGCUGGAGGAACCAGAGCCCAGAGCCAGUCCAAGAUCCCCCAAGAAGAAGAAGAAGAAAAAGAAGGAUCAGGAAAGUGAGGUGCAAGACACCGGUGUCUCCCGCGGGACAGGACAGGAGAAGCCAUAAUGACACCCUGGGGGAGGGGAAGGAGGGGGAGGGGAGGAACUUGCAGGGCUGAGGUCAGAACCCAGCUGUAGAGCUGCUCCCUGUCCCCCAGCAAACAUGCACAGCAGAGCCUGGACUUGGAAAAUGCUUUAUUGUGACCCUGGGCCUCCGGGCAGGUCAUCGAGGUCCUUUGAGGAAGGGUUCGUGUAGUACUUCAAAGAGCCUGCGGGCCUGCAUAUGCGGGAAGGGACCACGUCAUUAAAGAUGCCUGCUGAGCGCCUGCUGUCUGGA